CUUUCUUCUUUUUCUUCUUCUUUCUUCUUAUUCCUUCCUGGGCAAUUUUUUCUUCUUUUUUCUUCUUCUUUUUUCUUUCUCUUUAAACGCCUGUUUCUUUUCUUUUUUUUUCUUUUUUAAUUUUUUUUUACCUCCUGGGCAAUUUUUUUCCUUGGAGGAGGACCAAGUGAGUUCCAAACUCACAAAAGGAUAGAGACGUGUUUGGCAUGCAAAAAAAAGAGCCGCAUUCCCAAUUUUCUCCCUCUCUCUCUCUCUCUAGUAAACUGUCUUCAUCCCCUUCAUUCCGUCCAUACUUCUUUUACUUGUACCAUGAAAUAAAUUAAUUCAGUCGCAUUUAUUUCUCUUACCAUACAUUUUUUUCUGUUUAAUUACUUUCGGAAAAUUGAAAGACGGAGUAUAACAUAUUAGAAAAUUUAAUAAGAGCAGUACUGGUCCAUUUGUGUGCACACACAGUACUAUGCCCAUCAAUACAUUGUUCACGUUCAUUACCCCUCUCUCUCUCAGUCUCUCCCCAUUUGAGUCCUUCUGUUUUCUCAUUAAUUACCUCCUGGGCUGUUCUGCUAUUUUAGAUUUUUUGUUUUUGUUUUUUUUCCAGCAGCUAUAUGUGUUUAUGGUAUUAUUUGUACUUGUUAAUUGUAGAUGACAUCUGAAAAUUCUAGUAAAAAGGACCCUGGUUGGAAGUAUUGCGAAAAGGUUGAGCCACACAAUAAUACCAAGUUGAAAUGUAUAUUUUGUAACGAAGUGAAAAAUGGGGGUGUGUCAAGAAUCAAGCAACACCUUGCUGGAGGAGCUAAAAGGAAUACGGCGGCAUGUCGCCGAUGCCCACCUGAGGUUAGAGAGGAGAUGAGGGAGUUUAUACGUAAAAGGGAUGAAGCAAAGAGUCAAAUUAAGUCUAUACCAGAUAUUGAUGAUGCAAUGAAUGAUGAUGAUUAUGACUUGGACCUGGAUGAUGAUAUUAUUGAAUCCAAUCCCCGUUCUAAGAAAUCUUCUACUCACGGAAGCACAACCUCCGCAUCUAUUCAUUCUAAGCCUAAGAAACCAAGAAACAUAGAGCCUCUCGACACUUACUACACUCCUGAACCAGAGGUGGUGGUGGAAAAUAGAAAAGCCAAGGGCAAACAGCCAAAAAUUGAUGAGAAUGAACCAUAUAAGAAAAUAUUGAAAGACCGGGCUCAUCAGGCUAUUGCAAGGUGGAUAUAUGAUUGUCGGAUACCUCUAAAUGUUGUGAACAAUGAUAGUUUUGCGCCAAUGAUAGAGGCUAUUGGGCAAUACGGUCCGGGUUUGCCCCCACCAACUUAUCAUCAAGUGCGAGUCCCUCUUCUAAAAAAAGAGGUAGAACAUGUUAACAAGUUGAUGGAGGAGCACAAAAAAGACCAAGAACAAUAUGGGUGUACGCUAAUGAGCGAUGGGUGGACUGAUAGGAAAAAUAGAACAUUAAUGAAUCUUUUGGUGAAUUCUCUGAGGGGGACCAUGUUUCUGAAAUCUAUGGAUGCGUCUGGAAUUGUAAAGGAUGCAGAAAUGAUAUAUGAAUUGCUUGAUGGGUGGGUGGAGCAUAUUGGAGAAACAAACGUGGUUCAAAUUGUUACGGAUAGUGCUGCGGCAAAUGUGGCGGCAGGGAAGUUGUUGGAGGCAAAACGACCUCACUUGUUUUGAUCUCCAUGUGCUGCC